GAUUAGCUAACCUCAAUCCUCAAUCCUUCAAAAUAAAUGCAAUAAUAAUCUGAUGAUAAUAGCAAAGGGCAUAUAGAAUAUAGAACAUUAUAGAAGUAAUGAUUUGAUGAUGGCUGUGUUUAGAACAUUGCGACGAAAUGUCCCUUAUUUGAAGCAGCAACUUUGUGCUUUAUUAGGAAACACUAGUAAUUCAGUGAAGCUAAUAUGUUUCGUAGUUCUAAUCAGUUAUGCCCUAUCCUAUUGGGACCUGGCAGUGGAAGUAAUUUCUGUUACUCCAGGAUAUAUUAUGCCACCACUGCGACUUUGGUCGUUAUUCACAUUUUGUUUUAUGGAAAUACAUUUCUGGGAAGUUUUGAUUGAUAUCGUAACAGUGGGCCUGUGUGGUAAACUGAUUGAACCUCUAUGGGGACCAGUAGAAAUGUUGACGUUUUUUGCAAUUGUCAAUUUUGGUGUAGGAAUAUUGACUACAACUUUUUACUUUAUUUUAUACUAUUGUUUGAAUGAUAUACAGUGUCUUUAUAAUGUUUAUAUACAUGGACUGGCGGGUUAUAUUGCUGGUGUUUCUGUUGCUGUCAAACAAAUAAUGCCUGAUUUAGUAAUAAUAAAAACUCCUUUGGGAAAAUUAAGCAAUCGAAAUGUACCUUUGUCUGUAUUCUUUCUGUCGCUGAUUUUUAAAAUUGUUGGUCUAGUCGAUGGGACAUAUCCUACAAUGUAUUUUUUAGGUUUAAUAGUAAGUUGGAUUUACUUAAGGUUUUACCAGAAACACAGCAAUGGCACAAGGGGUGAUAUGGCAGAUUACUUUACAUUUGCUAGUUUUUUUCCAAAUGUUAUUCAACCGCCCAUUACGAUAAUAAGUAACAGUAUUUACAAUGGAUUAGUGAAAAUAGGAAUAUGUAAAAGAAAUUUGAGAAAAUUUGACAUGACAAAUCCUUCAGGUGUAACAAUAUCAGUUUCUAAUAUGGAUCAGCAUGAUAUGGAAAGGAGAAGGCAAAUAGCUUUAAAAGCUCUGAGCGAAAGACUUUCUAAAUCGUACAGUGACAAGCAGCCGUUAUUACCAUUAAGUGGUUCAACAGCCAAUGUAAGCUUACCCCCAGUUGUAGCCCAAAAUCGGGAAGAAUCAUCAACAUCUCAAAAUGUACAAGAAGCGGUUUCAAUACCCAUUCCCUCCACACCAGCUGUUAAAGCUACUUCAGAAGAUACUUAGAAUUAAGCUGUCUAGUUUUUGUCUCGUGUAAAUAAGGGAAAAUAAAAGAAGAAUAAUCUAGUGUUUCGUUGUUUUAAGGUUUGUAACUGACGAGAUGAAGCAAAAAUUUUUCCAUUUAUUAACUGUAUAAAUGUUCUGGUCUCUUUUGUUCACUUUGUAUUAAAUGAAGGAUGACUGAAUGAUUAUAGAUAUAUAAUUUAUUUUUAAACUUGUAUAAUAGUUUAAAGUAAGAAACUGUUAUUAUAAAAAUAGGAAAGUAGAGUGUAGGAGUCAUAAAUAUAAACUAUAUUAUUGUUAA